AUGUUUAAGAAGAAGCCUACGAUCAAGAACUUGUCUCCGUUGCGGUCUUCCGACCGGAGGAAGAUCGCCGACCAGAUCAUCAAAGACUACCAGAUCUCCCUACCCUCCGAAACAACCUCCGAUGCACCCAGUGCAGGCUCUGCCCCAGUACCUACCCUCUCCUCAAUCAGAAAUUCUCUCCUUCCUGAGAACUCUUUGACCGCGCGCUUCACUACAACCGCUGGUCCGGAUUUACGAGAGGUUCAGGGCAUCGUGUACGUUGGCGCUCAUCCAGGCGAGGAAGAGCGAGUAUUGUGGUUCAAAGUGGAACAUGGCCCUGGAUACACCAAACGUCUCUAUCCUACUGUCUACACACUAUGGAAUAACCCAAAUCUGGUUCCAUUGUUAUAUACUCCGGAGAUGGUGAUGCGGAAGCUGCAUGGUGGAGCGGAUCUCAUGACGCCCGGCCUUGCGAACGAGCCUCCAUUCCCAGCGAAGGCCGUAAAGGAUUCAGUUGUUGCUGUCGCAAGCUGCGAUAAACACACGGUUCCGGCAUUUGUGGGUAUUUGUGAGAUUGAUGUCUCAGCACUUGGUGAAGUCCAGGGUACAAAGGGUCAUGCUGUUCGAGGUCUUCACUGGGAAGGUGAUGAGCUGUGGGCCUGGAGCUCAACGUCACGGCCUGGGCGUCCAGCCCCCGAGUAUAUCGAGGGAUGGGAUGACGAAGACAUCGAUGAGGUUGAGCAAGGUGUUGGUGAACUGACGCUUGAUGAGAAGGAAGAUGGGCCUAUCGAGACCAGUGAUGAGACACACAGUGAAGAGGCUUCAGCUGUCGUGGAAGAAUCUACGGUGGAGGUUGAGGAGCCUUCGACAAAAGAAAUCGACGAGGCCUUCAUCAAAGCCUUCAUCUAUUCCCUCUGGAAACUCAAGCAGGAUAAUCCAUCCGCCCCUACCCAUGGCCUGACGUUGCCAGUCUCGCCAUCGGUCUUGAUUGCCAAUCUGAUCACGCCUUACCUUCCGAUCUAUUCAGCACAGGAAGUGCAAUUUUACACAAUCAAGAAGACCAGCUGGAAGAACGUCAAGAAGUUUAUCAAAUAUCUCGACAAACUGAAGCUUAUCAAGGCCAAAGAUCGCAGUGGCCAAGAGACUUACGUUUGGGAUGUCGACUUUGACGACCAACGUGUGGAUAGAUUCGUUCCAUACAAGCUGCCAUCAAAGGCGGCCUUGGAGAGCGGCAACAAGCCAGCUGCUUUGGAGGGUAAAAAGCUUGCUACAACUGGGGAUGCCGAUCCAACAGUUGGGCAAUCACUUACCGUUCAAACCCUGUACCGAGCAACAUCGAAGCUCUCGCCAGAUAUUUUUCCAUCUCUUCCCGCCAGCAACCCCAAGAACUACUACACGUACUCGGAUGUGUCAAGUCAUCUGGAUAAAUACCUCCAGUCGCAAGACCCACCAAUCGUCACCAAAGAGAACCGACGAAUCAUCAACCUCAACCCCUACCUCGCAAACACCGUUUUCACAUCAGGCUCCUCCGAGGAUCAAGGUACACUGAAGCGCGGCAUGGUGACACGCGACGGUCUACUUAAACGCAUCACGGAAGACACUUCAAUGUUGCAACCGCAUUAUGCCAUCUUGAAGCCAGGCCAGACGCUGGCAGAUGUCAAGCCCAAGGCGGGUGCGACGCCUAAGGCCCAAAUCACCAUUGAGAAGCGCACAGGCUCGAAGGUUGUCACCAAAGUGACGAACCUGGAAGUCUUUGGCAUCAUCCCCAGUCUCUUGGCGGAGGAGCUGCAGAAAAAGUGUGCCAGCAGCACCAGUGUCACACAGGCCAAUGGUGCCCCCAAGGGUGUAAUGGAGGUCUUGGUGCAGGGCGAUCAGCGAAAGGCCAUUGACACGGCCCUUGUCCGUCGUGGUUUGAAAAGUCAGUGGGUGGAUGUCGUGGACAAAUCCAAGAAGAAGAAAUAG